AUCCGCUGGGCAGGAUCCGCCGCGCCGGCUGCGGCCGGCCCGGAUGGGAGACCCGCGCCAGGGCGGAGGCUAGGGGACCGGCGGGCAGCGCCGCACAGGCCGGGAAAUGAGCGCUUGCAACUCUGUCUGGGAGCGGACCCAUGAUUCAGGGACCAAAAGAGCUGCGUGAUUGGACCUGGCCCUGCGACCCGAGACAUGGGCCAGACCUCGGUGUCCACGCUGUCCCCGCAGCCCAGCAGCGUUGAUGGACUAGACAAAGCUUCUAUAGCAAACUCAGAUGGCCCAACAGCAGGUUCCCAAACACCUCCCUUCAAGAGAAAGGGGAAACUAUCCACCAUUGGUAAAAUCUUUAAGCCUUGGAAAUGGAGGAAAAAGAAGACCAGUGACAAAUUUAGAGAAACCUCAGCAGUAUUAGAAAGGAAGAUAUCUACAAGACAAAGUAGAGAGGAGCUGAUAAGAAGGGGAGUUCUUAAGGAAUUGACUGAUCAAGAUGGAGAUGUAACAGUUAACUUUGAAAAUUCAAACGGGCACAUGAUACCCAUCGGAGAGGAAUCCACCAAAGAGGAAAAUAGAGUAAAAUCUGAAGAAGGUAAUGGCUCUGUAUCUGAAAAGGCGCCACCUCCAGAAGAAAAGGCAGAAGAUAAGAAAGAGAACACUGAAAACCACUCUGAACCUCCAGCAGCUUUUGCUCCGGCUCCUCCAGCUCCUCCUAAGCCUAAACCCAAACCCAACCCCAAAAAGUCACCUGUGCCUCCAAAAGGGGCCACUGCUGGGGUGAGCCACAAGGGUGAUGAAGUGCCUCCCAUUAAAAAAAAUGCCAAGGCUCCUGGUAAGCAGGCGCCCAUCCCUCCACCCAAGCCAACAAGCCGAAACACGACCCGAGAGGCUGCUGGUUCCUCACAUUCAAAAAAAACAACUGGCUCCAAAGCAUCUACUUCACCAUCUACUUCAUCCACCUCAUCUCGUCCCAAAGCAUCAAAGGAGACAGUUGCUAGCAAAACAGGGACAGUGGGAACCACAAAGGGCAAGAAAAGAGCUGGAAAGCAUCUAGCCUGUCGACUGUCCUCAGACGCAGCCACGUCUGGUACAUCCGACCUUAAAGGGGAUCCUUCGGAGGCCGGAGGAGAGAGUCUCAAACCUGAACAGACUGUCCCUGGGACUGAGGAGCAGACCACAGGCAAAACCAAGUCCAUAGUCCCUCCGCCCCCCUUGGCUCCACCACCUCCUCCCCCUGCCUCUUCUCUUCCUCCCGAGGAUCAGUGCGCUGCUCCCUCAGCCACUCCCGUCGUCCUGGUCAACAAUGGGAUUGAGCUGCCUCCCUCUGCCCUAGACCCAAGUCAGCUUCUCUGGACUGAAGAGUCAACCAACAAAACCACUCUCCACUCAGGCACUGGCCUAAGUGUCAGCAGAGAAAAUGAAAAAUGUUUCACAACCAAAGAUGAGCUGGGAACGGCAACACCUCAGCUCCUGAUUCCUGGGCUGAUGGGAGAAUCUUCUGAAUCCUUCAGUGCCCCAGAGGACGAAGGCCAAAGAGAAUACCAGACCAAUGAUUCUGACUCUGAUGGACCUAUUUUGUACACCGAUGACGACGAAGAUGAGGAUGAGGAUGGCAGUGGAGAAAGUGCUUUGGCAAGUAAAAUACGACGAAGGGAUACUCUUGCUAUCAAACUUGGCAACAGACCAUCUAAGAAAGAAUUAGAGGACAAAAACAUCCUGCAGCGUACAUCUGAAGAAGAGAGGCAGGAAAUCCGACAACAAAUUGGAACCAAGCUAGUCAGGAGACUUAGCCAGAGGCCAACAACUGAAGAACUAGAGCAAAGAAAUAUCCUAAAACAAAAGAAUGAAGAGGAAGAACAGGAAGCAAAAAUGGAACUUAAACGCAGACUCAGCAGAAAGCUCAGUCUGAGACCCACAGUGGCAGAGCUACAAGCACGAAGAAUCCUGCGGUUUAACGAAUAUGUAGAAGUCACCGAUUCCCCGGACUAUGACCGCCGAGCAGACAAGCCCUGGGCCAGGUUAACACCUGCGGACAAGGCAGCAAUAAGGAAAGAACUAAAUGAAUUUAAAAGCACAGAGAUGGAGGUGCAUGAAGAGAGUCGACAGUUUACAAGGUUCCAUCGUCCAUAAUGAAAUGCAAGACUAUUUGGAAGCACAGACUGAUGCUCUUUUGGGGAAGCACUGCUUCCUGAAAACCUGCUAUUGCACUGGGACUUAAAUGUGUUAUAAUUGAACUUGUGGUGAAGGAAGCCUGUGACUCAGCUUUCUUGGAAAGUGCUCCU